GAGAGCGUCACCCCGGAGGACGGGAUGGCAUGCAGGACUCGUGUUUAUUAUCAUUUAUUGUAGCAGACUAACUGUCCUAACCGUCCAGGGUUCGGGAUGUGGAGGAGAGCGGGGAUCCUGUGCAGGUUCCCCGGGACCAGCGUGCAGCGCAGGGCCCGGGGAACCUGCUGCGGGACGGCGGGGGAGAGGUGGAGCAGACCCGGAGGGUUCGACACGGGAGUGACGGUGUUCAACAGCCGGACCAGAGGGAAGGAGAAGCUGCUGGUGGCCCGGGAGGGGACGGUGACCUGGUACAGCUGUGGACCCACCGUGUACGACCACGCUCACCUGGGACACGCCUGCUCGUACGUCCGGUUCGACAUCCUGCAGAGGAUUCUGUCGCGGCUGUUCGGCACCACCGUCAUUCACGCCAUGGUCAUCACCGACAUCGACGACAAAAUCAUCAAGAGAAGUUGGGAGGAGAACGUCUCUGCCGCCGUCAUCGCCAGGAAGUACGAGGAGGAAUUCAAAAGGGACAUGCUGUCGUUAAAGGUGGUUCCUCCCGCGGCGUACCUCCGAGUCACCGACAACGUGCCCCGUAUCGUGGCCUUCAUCCAGGGGAUUCUGGGGAACGGACACGCGUACGCCACAGAAGGAGGCGACGUGUAUUUUGACGUCCAGUCCAUCGGAGACCGCUACGGCGUGUUCGUCGGCGCCGUGGGUUCCCCGGGAGAGGCCGGCGGCUCAGACAAGCGGGACGUGAGGGACUUCGCCCUGUGGAAGCGGGCCAAACCUCAGGAGCCGUCCUGGGAGUCCCCGUGGGGCCGAGGCCGGCCGGGCUGGCACAUCGAGUGCUCCACCGUCGCCAGUGGCGUGUUUGGCAGCCAGCUGGAUAUCCACUCCGGCGGCGUGGACCUGGCGUUCCCCCACCACGAGAACGAGGUGGCCCAGAGCGAGGCCUUCCACGGCUGCAGCCAGUGGGGGAACUACUUCCUGCACUCAGGUCACCUGCACAUGAAGGGGAGCACGGAGAAGAUGUCCAAGUCCCUGAAGAACUACGUCACCAUCAAGGAUUUCCUGCAGUCCUACUCGGCCGAUGAGUUCCGGAUGUUCUGUCUCUGGAGCAAAUACCGAUCAGCGAUAGACUACAGCGACAGCAGCAUGAGCGAGGCUCGGAUCUCUCUGGAAACCAUCCGCACCUUCGCCGGCGCUGCUCAGGCCUACAUGACGGGUCAGCUGCAGUGCUCAGGCGUGCAGGAAGCUCUGCUGUGGGAAAGGCUGGCUGAGACCAAGUCCAGCGUGCUGGAAGCUCUGGCCGACGACUUCGACACACCGAGAGCCGCCGUCGCGCUGAUGAACCUGGUCUACCACGGAAACUGCCAGCUGCAGCCUGUUUCCACGGCGGACGGGGCGGCGCGGAGCCCGGCCGUGUUCGGGGCCGUGCUGACGUACAUCAGGGAGGUUCUGGACGUGUUCGGCAUCGAUCUGCUGCAGCUUCAGGAGGCCGGAGCGCUGAGCGGAGCCGGAGGCCUGGAGGCCGUCGUGGAGCAGCUGACCCGCUUCAGGAGCGACGUCCGAGCGUUCGCUCUGGCCCGCCAGGACCAGCCCGGGUCUCCCAGGAAACCGGGACCGCACCCGGACCGGGUCCCGCUGCUGCAGGCCUGCGACGCCCUCCGGCGGGACCUGGCACCCCUGGGUGUGCUGAUCAAGGACCGAGGAGCCGCGUCCACGUGGGAGAUCCAGCACCAGCAGAGAGGAGCCCCGCAGCAGGACCAGAACCAGGACCUGGACCAGAACCAGGACCAGGACCAGGACCAGGACCGGGGUCAGGACCCGGGGAGGUGAAACCCACCGGCUCUCUGCAGGGAGAUGGGUUUCCUGCCGCGUCGCCGCCCUGAUGAGAUGAAGACUGAGCUCACACUGGAAACCAGACAACCAAGAAUAUUAACUUUAAUUUAACGAGUGCUGCUCUGCUCCCCCGAGGACGUGUCCCCCACUGGUGGGGGAACGCCUGGUUCAGGGGUCAGAGGUCAGCAGCUCCGACCCUGAGCGACCCCCCCCCCGUCAUGUCAUUGGUUAAUUAUCUGAUGAGCUUGUAGCAGAUGUGAUGGAUGUGGUUCUUCUAAGGUUCCCUGUACGUGUGUCUGCGUGUCCUGCAGACACUUAUUUUUAAAUAAAUGUUCCUCAGACGUUCACACAAUUGUGCAAGUUCAU